AUGAGCUUCGAGGAGAACGUGCAGAGGAAGAAGUCCACCAGAUGGGUCAGGGCUUCCACAGCCAACUACGACGGUGACGAUUGGGUCGAGGAAGAAUAUUAUGAAGAUGAAGAUGAGCCUGUGCCAGAUCUACCUCCUAUUCCUGCUGAGCAUUUGCAACACUACCAGCAAACUACCAAGAUCUCCCCUGAAAAGACUGAUAACGACCAUGAUGACAAUAAGAACAAUAACAAUGAUAAUAAUACCACCACCACCACCCGUAAUGAUUAUAAUGAUGACGAUGAUGCCAAUAGUUUUGAUGAUACCAUCAAUUCCCCACAAUUGAACCUCCAAAAAUUCCAAAACAUUGAUCUUGAUGAAGAGUUGCCGGAAAAGGAACAAGAACAUGAUCCCGUCAGUGCUACAGUUGAUGAAUAUGCAAAUAUAAUAAGAGAUGACGAUUCUGAAGAAGAGGAAGAUUAUAAACCUACAACUUCACGUUUCCAGCCACUACCAAGAUCACCAGAAGUUGAAAGAUUUGAGACUUUAAAAGAACAGAAAACUACACCUGUUGAAGAGGAAAACAAUGAAAUCGAGGCUCAAUCUAGUUCAUUCCAACCAUUUCCUGAAGAACAUCAUCAUAUCUCAAAAGUUGAUCAUAAAGAAGGUUCAUCAACUCCUCAAGAAUUGCCAAAACAUGAGGAACCUCAUCCGGUGUCAACACCUGUUGUGAUUGAUGAUGCAAAAUCAGUUAGCAAAGAAUCCAUUGUUGAAGAGAAAACUCAGAGAGAUCAUGUUCAUAGUGAUUUUCAACCAUUUCCAGAAGAUCAAAGUAAUCACGGUGCUGCUGAAUCAACUGUACAAGAUAAUGAUGUGGAAUAUGAACAACCCCCAGUUGAAGAAGCUAUUGAACAAGAGAAUACACACAAUGAUAUUAUUCCACAAGUUGAAGACAGUGAAGAUGAAGAAUACAUUCCAAGCUCAAACCGUUUCAAAUCCUCAAUUCUUGAAGAUGAGACUCAACAGAAAGAACCAGUCUCGGAGGACUCAUCAAUUGAAGAAAUCGGGUCCACUGCAAUCCCACCACAGAUUGAAAGUUCAGAGAUUUUGGAUGAAGAACCAAAAAGAGUUGAUAUACCACCAAUUCCAAGUACAGCGCCUAUUGAAACUCAAAAUCAUAUUGAUCCAGUGACUGAUUCACUUCAAUUGCCCACUUCAAAUAGACAAGAUUUCGAUGAUGUUUCAGAUACUGAUACCCUUCAUAUUCAUGACCCUGAAGAACAAAGCUCGCCUUCUAUUGAAGAAAUCAGACGUGAACUUUCAAAUACAUCACUACAUGACCUGACGCAUGACAAUACUUAUUUCCAUGAACAUGCAUAUUUGGGAAGUUUGAUCAAUACACCUGAACCUGAAGAUGAAAAUGAAGUACAAUUUCAACCACAAGAUGAAAAAUCGAUUGAUGAAACUAAUGAUGCGGCACCAAGAACUUUAUCUCAAUAUUAUUCCUCGGUAAAUGAUUAUUUUGAUGAUUACGCUGAUACAAGUGAUAAUGAAAAUUUAAAAGUUAAUAGAGAUAGUAGAGCAAGUGUUCAAAGUUCAGGUUCUUUAUCCACAGGUAGCUUUUCCAUCAAGAGUGAAUCAAGAUAUAGAUAUUCAAAAGCUAGUGAUAGAGACUCAUCAUUCAAUCACAGCAAUUCUGAUGUUCAUUCAUUAAACCCUGCACAACAACUGUUGGCUGAUAAUGCUUCUACAAAUGAAACUGAUCAAACACCAAAGGAUACAAACUUAAAUCCAGCUCUUUCAAUCAAUUUUGGUCAUUGGAGACCUGAUACUGAUAGUUUUAGAGAUCAAUUCAUUAGUGGUACUGCACCUCCUUUACCACAAAUUGAUAAUUAUACGAGAAAUUCAAUGGGUGAGAUUAUUGAAGAUAGAGGCUCCAUUAUAGAAAAGGAUAAAGAAUUAGAUUCAUCAAAUGAUAAAGGUGAUGAUCAUGAAAAAUCACUUGAUUCAUUGGGUAAUACUAUGAGUACAUCAGAAACUGAUAAUCAUUCAACCUUAAGUGAACAUAAGCCUGUUGGUGAAUCUUACAAGACUGAAUCUAAUUCAGUAUUACCAUUACAUAUUCCACUGGGAUCAAAUGAAUCAACUGAACUGAAUCCUGGCCAAUAUUUCCAUGAAAAAUUAGCAGCAACUGAAACAAACUUACCAAAAGAAGAUAAUGAAGUUACCAAAGAUGUUCCACCAACUACAAAAUUAAACAUUACCAAAAUAUCAGGCAAUAAAAGAACAAAUUAUAGUAUUAAACAAAUUUCUUCAAUUUCAGAUCCUGCUAAAAGGAUUGAAAGUUUAAGAAAUGCUAGAGAAGAACAAGCAAAUCUAAAUCUUGGUUUAAAUGAAUGGUUAGUUUUCGCUAAAAGUUCUGCUGGUGUUGAAACUUACAAAAGUAAUGUUCAUAAUUCUCAUGUUGCACAAGCUUAUGCAGAUGCUUCCACAAUGUCAAGAAAACAUACUUUAAACAAUGUCGGAAGUUUCUUACACAAAAGAAGAGUUUUCCAAGAUACUUCAUCUCAUGCUCAAAGUCUUGCUAAAGGUAUUUUUACAAGGGGUAAAAAAAUGCUAAAAAAUGAUAAUUAG